AAAACAGCUUGCGAGUUUCCAUCAAUUGAUUCACACAAGGCGCUAGUAAAUAUAGAAAGAAUGUCAGACUUGGAAUCAAUUGCGUUCUUGCUGGAACAGUCCUUAAACCCAGCUACAUCAAAGCAAGCUGAACAAAGUUUGAGAUCACAAGAAUCGAAUCAAGGCUUUUCACUUUCAUUACUUCAUGUCGUCGCUUCUGCUAACUUACCAAUAUCAAGCAGAUUAGCAGCUGCUUUGUUUUUCAAGAAUUUCAUCAAAAGAAAAUGGGUUGACGAAAAUGGUAACUAUCUAAUCCAAGACACUGACUUAAUUAAAUCAGAAAUCAUUCCAUUAAUGAUUUCAUUACCAAAUAACUUACAGAUUCAAAUCGGUGAAGCAAUCUCAGUUAUUGCAGACUCUGACUUUCCUGAAAGAUGGCCUUCAUUGAUUGAUGAUUUAGUCAACAAACUAUCUGAAGACGAUAUGGUGACAAAUAUUGGUGUUUUAACAGUGGCUCAUUCUAUUUUCAAAAGAUGGAGACCCUUAUUCAGAUCUGAUGCUCUAUUUUUGGAGAUUAAACUGGUUUUAGAGAAAUUCUCCGUUCCUUUUUUGAAUUUGUUGAAAAAAGUUGAUGGUUUGAUUGAUUCCAAUAGCUCCAAUAAAGCACAAUUGGCUAUUCUUUUUGAUGUGUUACUGUUAUUAGUUAAAAUUUAUUUUGACUUGAAUUGUCAAGAUUUACCAGAAUUCUUUGAAGAUCAUAUGAAUGAAGGUAUGUCUAUCAUUCAUAAAUAUUUAAUCUAUUCAAAUGAUCUUUUAAAGCCGGAAGAUGAUGAUUCUGAUGACAUCGAAGUUGUUUCCAAGGUGAAAACAGCUAUCUCCGAAUUAAUUCAACUAUACACCACAAGAUAUGAAGAGGAGUUUGAUGCAUUGAUUCCACAAUUUGUUCAAAGCACAUGGAACCUUUUAACCACCACUGGGUUACAGUCAAGGUAUGAUAUUUUGGUUAGCAAGUUGUUAUCAUUUUUAACAUCGGUUGCCAAAUUACCAAAGCAUUCAGAAAUUUUCAACAACGAAACUGCAUUAAAAGAAAUCACUGAAAGAAUUAUCAUUCCAAAUUUGACUGUCAGAGAAAGUGAUGAAGAAUUAUUUGAAGACGAUCCAAUUGAAUAUAUUAGAAGAGAUCUAGAAGGGUCAGAUUCUGAUACCAGAAGAAGGGCCUCGAUCGAUUUUUUGAGAGAAUUGAAAUCCAAAAAUGAAAGUCUUGUUACACAAGUUGUGUUGGGUUAUAUUAACCAUUACUUGUCCAAAUAUCAAGCUGAACCAACAAAUUGGAAAUUUAAAGACUUGACGUUGUACUUGUUUACUGCAUUGGCUGCGAAAGGUUCCGUUACCAGCUCUGGUAUUUCUUCGACUAACCUUUUAUUGGAUGUUGUGCAAUUUUUCACCAACAAUAUUGUUUCAGAUUUAUUGAAUGAUAAUAUCCAUCCAAUUUUGAAAGUUGAUGCUAUCAAAUAUAUUUACAUUUUUAGAAAUCAACUUACAAAAGCACAAUUGUUAGAAUCUUUCCCAAUUUUAACAAAGCAUUUACAUUCAACUGAGUUUGUUGAGUACACUUACGCUGCCAUCACUAUUGAAAGAAUUUUAUCAAUCAGAGAUGAAAACCAAGGUUUAAUGUUCAACAAGUCUGAUUUGCAACCAUUCGUUCAAGAUUUGUUAUCUAAUUUGUUUAGGUUAAUCUUGCAAAAUAAUCAAACACCUGAAAAGUUAGCUGAAAACGAGUUCUUGAUGAAAACUGUCAUGAGAGUUUUAGUUAUUGCUGAAGAUGCAAUUGAAAGUUAUAGUGUUAGUAUAUUGGAGCAGCUACUAUCUAUUGUUUCAAUAAUUUCCAAAAAUCCAUCUAACCCAAAGUUUUCCCAUUUUACCUUUGAAUCAAUUAGUGUCUUAAUCAAGUACAAUAAUAAAUCAAAUUUAAGCAAAUUUGUUGAAAUCAUAAUUCCUACAUUGUUGAAUAUUUUGGGGUCAGACGUUCAAGAGUUUGUUCCGUAUACUUUCCAAAUUUUUGCCUUCUUAUUGGAAAUUCAACCUGAAGGUUCACCAUUACCGGAUACUUAUAAGCAAUUAGUUCAACCGUUAUUGUCACCAAGUGUGUGGGAAUUCAAAGGUAAUAUUCCAGCUGUCACCAGAUUGUUACAAGCCAUCAUUUCCAAAGAUCCAAGUGUAUUUGGUGAACUAUCUCCGUUGCUAGGUGUUUUCCAAAAAUUGAUUUCUUCAAAGGUGAAUGAGAAUUAUGGAUUUGAUUUACUAGAGACUAUUAUUACCAAAUUCCCUGGCAAUUCAAUCGACCAGUAUACUAAGCAAAUUGCUAUCUUAUUGCUGCAAAGAUUACAAAGCUCAAGAACCGAAAAAUUUGUUAAGAAAUUGGUUAUUUUUAUAAGUAAAUUGACAAUUAUCAAAUCAAGCGCAGAAUAUGCUAUCAAUUUUAUUGAACAGGUUCAAAGUGGUAUUUUUGGUACAAUUUACGAGCAGUUUUUAUUACCAUCAGUUGUUAAUAUUGGUAAUUUAUUAGACAAAAAAAUUGUUGUUAUUGGGUUAACAAAUUUGACCACAUCUUCAGUUUUCAUCAACGGUGACUACACUAAAUUGUUGAUUCCAACAUUUGAAUGCUUAACAAAGAUAAUUACAAGUGAAUCGAUCUUUAAUAUCAAGGGAGAUCAUGAAGAAGUGCUUGAUUUAGAACUGGAAGAGAUCUCGUCCUUUGGAUCUAAUUUUUCAAGAUUAUCUACAAUCAGCGUUAAACCAUUUGAUCCUGUACCAAGCAUAAGCAACUUGGAUGGGGGUAAAAGUUAUUUUGUUGAAAGUAUAACAAAAUUGAAUGCAGAAUCAAAUAAUGGGUUUCUCAAUCCAGUCAAGUCCCAAUUAUCCGCAGAUGCUGUGAAAGGUUUGAGUUCUUUGGGAUUAUAA